AUGAAUCCAAACAGCCUACCUGGAUGUUUCCUUAUGCUGCUAAGUACCAUGCUGGGCCUAAGCACAGGCCUGGAGUUUACAGGCUCUGAAGGUCAGUGGGCUCGCUACCUGCGCUGGGAUGCCAGCACCAGAAGCGACCUGACGUUUCAGUUCAAGACUUCAGAACCAGAGGGCCUGAUGCUCUACUUUGAUGAUGGUGGAUAUUGUGACUUUCUGCUUCUCGCUGUAUCUGAGGGUAAGCUGCAGCUUCGCGUCAGUAUUGACUGUGCCGAGACCACCAUCACCUCAGAUAAAAUGGUUAACGACAGCCGCUGGCACUUUGCAGCAGUCAACAGGCACAAUUUGCGGACUGGCUUGGCCUUGGAUGGCCAAACCAAGACAGAAGAGGUGCGGCCUCAGCGGCAGUUCAUGAAUAUUGUCAGUGACCUCUUUCUUGGAGGCCUCCCAGGGGACAUCCGCACAUCUGCCAUCACCCUGCCCUCCGUCCGCGAGCUAGCUCCAUUCAAAGGAAUUAUCACAGACCUCAGUUAUGGGAGUAAGCUGCCCACGCUUAUCAAUAGUCAGAAAGUCCGCUUGGAGAUGAUGGGCCUGUGCACAGAGAACCCCUGUGAGAAUGGUGGGAUCUGCUCACUGGCAGAUGGAGAACCCUACUGUGACUGCUCCAGAACUGGAUAUGUAGGUCGAUACUGCACUGAAGGAGGAGGCCCUGAGGCAGAGCCAGGACAUGCUGCAGAGAUUACAUCUCUUGGCUGGCUUGGGAAUGCCUUGGUGCCCCCCCUGGAAGAGCUGAAGGAGGCAGCUGGGGGUCUGGGCAUUUCUGCUUACACUGCUGCCCCUGUGACCCUGGACCUUGCGAGGGAGGAGAACGUGGCCACCUUCCGCGGCUCGGAGUACUUCUGCUAUGACCUGUCACAGAACCCCAUCCAGAGCAGCAGCGACGAGAUCACGCUGUCCUUCAAGACCUGGCAGCGCAACGGCCUCCUCCUGCACACGGGGAAAUCCGCAGAUUAUGUCAACCUGGCACUGAAAGACGGGGCCGUCUCGCUCGUCAUCAAUCUGGGUUCUGGCGCUUUCGAGGCCAUCGUCGAGCCGGUCAAUGGAAAAUUCAAUGACAACAGCUGGCACGACAUCAAAGUGACACGCAACCUGAGACAGGUAAUCGGGGAACUGACAGAAGCUUACCACAAUCCCAAAGAUGGUGACCUCGACAACGAGCCCUAA